UCACCGACCACAUGCGCCUUCUGCUCAAUCCUUUCUCCCCAUUUUCCUAAAUUACUUGCUCUGAUCCUUUACGAAACCUUUUCUUUAUUUUAUCCUCAAAUUUCGCACUGGAAUUGUAUGGUUUACGAUCGCUGGGAGACAACUAAGUUUGUUAAAGAAAAUGCUUUGAUGUACCUGCAGCAUGGAAGGAAGGGAGAAUGCUCCAGGACAUUCCAGAGGCCACCACUUUGGGCAUGGGCUCUAUCCAUUUUCAAGCCAUUGGCCAAGUUAUUCUCCGGGGAAUGUGAGCAACUCCUCCUCCGGUGCGAGCUCAUCACCUACAAGUGCGCAGAACAGUUCAGCAAAAACUACUGCAACAACACUUGUCACUUCAAGCAGUGCCCAGUCUGCACUUGGUCCUAGCUGGUGGCAUCCUCAUUCCUAUCCGACGUCAGAAAUGCUUCAUUUUUCGUCCCCACCUUGGAGUAGUCAUGACCAUCAUGAGUCACAUAGUGCCUCUAGAGACAGUGGACCUUUGUACCAUGGCUCGCACUCUAGGAAUGGCCCAUAUCAUUCAUCAGGGCAUCAUGGUCACAGCCAUAUUCAUGGACAUAGUGUUAGCCAUGGUCAUUCGUACCAUCCAGGAAGAGGCAGCCAUGCACAUGGUGGUACUCUCAUCCACUUUCCCCAUUCGUCAGGACAUCAGUCACAAAACAGCAGGGAUGAAAAAUCGUCAACACCGUCACUAGUAGCAGAAGAAUCUUCAUCGCCAGGCAUAAAAGAAAAACACAGCAGAUCAGCACUCAAUGAUGCUGGUCCUCAAAGUGAUUUUAUAGAAAGGGAGCAUAAAUGGGAGGAUAUCUCAAAGUCAUACAUCGAUAAAGCUCUCCUGGAUGAAGCAAAACAUCUUCAAAGAAGUGACAGCUUUUCACCCCAGAACAGGAUAGAGAAUAAUAGCAAACAUACAAGAGGCGAUGUUGAUAAUGAAAUGGCAAUAGAAAGUGAAGGGAAAGAUUCAAAGCCUGGACGAAUGGGAAUGCCUUUAGAUGCGAGAGAGCAAGACAAAUGGCACGAAAAACAUCAUCACAUGUCUAACUUUGAUGAAAGAGGAAGGGCAGAUGUUAUUUCGAAACAUGAUCAAAGACACAAUCAUGAUCCGAUGUUACCACGCUCAACCAAACCUUCCUAUAUUUCAUCAGUUUCUGAGAAAGCCUUGGCAUCUGCAAAGGCUUCUUACUUAAGUAAGGACAACACGGACAGAGGUUAUGGCGCUCGUGCCCAUGAGGAGAAGCACCAUGGCUCAUUUCCCUUUUCCCCAAUGAGAGAGAAAGAAGUUCCGCGUCAGAGGCCAGGUAUUAUGGGUCCAUUGGCAUCAAUGGGAGAUAGAGAAAUGGAUUACAAGAGGGAUCUACAUCACCGGGAGCAUGUACAUAAUCGAGGGUCACCAGUUCACCGAGAGUCGAGUAACAGUAGCCCACAGAAUGAGAGAAUGAUAAGGGCGGAGGCAACCCGAGAAUGGGUCAGUAAACAGCCAAGCAUGUUUGAGCCAUCUUCAUAUGUAAAGCCAGACCAAAGGGGCAGUUUCACUGAUGGAGCUAUUUUAAAUAGAAAACGGGACAGCCCAAAAAGUAUGAGUUCAAAAAGUGGAAGUGGGAAACAGGAGAAGUUCGCUAAAAAGGAGCAACACUAUGAGAGCCCAUUGAACUCUUCCCUUCCUCGAUACAGUGUACCUGGCAGAGCAGGAAGAUCUGAAUUAGACACCGCGACACCUGAGGCUCCAUUGCCAAAAAAUCAUCACGGUAAAAAUCCGUUCAAUGUCGAUUUUCUUAGUGUCAGCUCAGAUAUGGAAGCAAAAUCGAAAAGAGAGGUAGAUCGCCAUUACCACGUGCCAUUAAGCCAGGAUAACACUUCAGACAGGGUGUCUGUAAUUAAGUCAUCUUUACCGAUGCCUCAGCUGCAUAGGGAUGCAAGGGACUCACCAUUUAUGGACAGACCCAGGCAUGGUCAUGGAAUAGAAUUUUCAGAACAAGCAUAUUUGCCUAAGCCGACGUCCUUGUUAGACAGUCCAAUUCCUCCUAAAGUAGUUCCUCCUGUCACUGGUAAGCCACGGUCCUUUACCAGGCCAGAUGACAUUAGUUCAAAAAACAGUGAAAGCAGUAGCAGUAGCGAAGAGGAUUCUGCGGACCAGAUCGAAGACGAGGCUGACCCAAAGGAGGCUCAUAUUGCGCGAAGUGAUGAUUUGGAUGGCGAUGGUACUGAGAAUGAUGAAGUUGAAAGCCAGGAAGUAAGUGAAGCUGAAUCGGGUAGUGGCUCCGAGGGCGGAGACAGUUCAGCGGGAUCUGGGUCCGAGUCUGGUGAUGAUGACAACCAAUCGCAGUCGACCCAAGAUGCAUCUGAUAAUUUCAGUGUAACAGAUUCGACUCCGGAGAAGAGAAAGGGGGCUGCAGCAACAGGGAGUGAGCCAAAGCGUAGAAAAAUUGUUGAUGACAACAUGCUUCGAGUACCUUUAGCAGAAGGGUGGCGAAGGCAAACCAGAAUCAAGGCGGGCGGCAACGGGGAAAGUCUCAGGGGAGAUGUGUAUUAUUUUGCGCCGUGUGGGAAAAAGAUUCGAACGUACCCAGAGUUGCUAAAAUACUUGGAGAAGAAUGAGAUUGAACACCUUAACCUUGACCACUUCAGCUUCUCAACCAAGACCGUGGUUGGCGAAUUCAUGGAAUCCAAGCAGGGAGCAAAAUUUGAGAUACUUUCUGAGGAAGAAGUUUUAAGACGGCAUGCUUUGGAGAAGGAAAGGCAGAUCGCAAAAAGUGAAAGACUUGCAAAACGAAGAGAAAAGAAAAAGUUGAAAAACGAAAUGGCUAAACGAGCGCAGGAGGCCAGACAACGAAGACAUGUUGAGAAGCAGGUUGCAUUUGAAGCAAAGCUCUCAAGAAAGCGUCACCAACGUGUCACUGCUGAGGAGAAAAGAGUCAAGAAAGAGAACGAGAGACAGCAACGAGAACUGGAAAGGCUUCAACGUCAAGAACAACUGAGGGUUGAGAGAGAAAUGAGAGCAAGAUCGAUCCAGCAGGCUCGUAGAAGCAAGAAGGAAGCACUGCAACACGCAAAAAUGGAAGAAGCUUUACGAAAAGCACGGGAGCGUGAGAUGAAACGACAGCAAACGGUUAUCCUAAAACAACAAGAGAAGGAAAGACGAAAGCAACAUUUGAUGAUGAUAAGGGCAUUAGAGUCUCAGCGUAAAGCAGAGGAAAGAGAACGCAAAAAGGAGGAAAAGCGAUUAGAGAAAAGACUACUUAAGCAAAGAAAAAUGGAGCAAAGGAGAUUGGAAAGAUCCAUUGCACGGGAGCUGAAAAAGCCAGUCGAUGAUAUGGUUUUGAAUGACGGAAAGCCUUUGCCCGAGUUCUCAAGAAUCAAGGGCCUCAACAUCCCAGGCCGCGCGUAUGCAGAUCUGCUGAUGGUUGAAGAGUUUGUGUACUGUUUUGGUCAUGUCCUUGACAUAGAUCCAGAAACAGACUUUCCUUGUCUAGCUGAUCUUCAGUCUGCGUUAUUGAACGAAUCAGGCAGUGACGAUGCCUUGAUAACGGCAUGCGAAUCUCUUCUUACUGCAGCGCUUCAAGACCCUGGAGUUGUGGCAAAAACGAAGCUAGGAGUAUCCCUAGAAGACAUUGAGCUUAAUGAUGCUAACAUGUCUGAAGUUUUAAGGCUCUUCAUCAUCGCAAGAAACGACGAUGUAGAUCAUGAGCUGUCCGAUCUGCUUAAAGAAAAACCUAUCCACAGCUUGUCUCCCGUGCAAAAGGCAGCAGUUUUAGCCUUUCUCGUUAAUGAAUUGCUAUGCAGUAACAAAAUCUACAAUGAGAUGGACAAUUGUCUAGAACACAUGUCAAACCUCAGAAGGGACAAAUGGAAUAUGGAAGGAAGGAUAAGAAAGCUUAAAGCUGACUUGAAGACAAAGAAAAUCGAAAGAGGUCCGGUCGCUGCAGACGUACAAGCCAACGAGAGCAAUAGCACGACAAAGCCGAAAGCAAGCCAGAGCAAGAAAAAGGUUGCUGUUGAUGAUGAAGCUAGCAAUUUGUCACAAAUCACAAAAGACGAACAGGAUGACGAUGAAGAGGAUGAGGAAGAUGAAGACGAUGAAGAAAAGGAUAGUGAUGAUGAAGAAGGGGAUGAAGAAGAUGCUGCUGAAGACGACAACGAAGAAGAGGACAGUGAAGAUACAGAUGACGGAACUGAUCCAACAACAGCGGAAGAGAUAGAAAAGAGAAUAACUAAACUUGAAAAGAAACAUUCUAAAUACCGUCACAAGCUGUUCACAGCAUCUCACACUCUUCGCGGGCUAUGCAUCGGACAAGACAGAUACAAGCGCCGGUAUCACAUUCUUCCCCAUGCCGGCGGUGUUUAUGUCGAGGGGAUAGAAAGUGGGGAGUUGCAGGAAAAUGACGAAAAUCCUUCUGCAAAUGAUAAAUCAAAGGAUGAGAAGGAAAAAGGCCGUAGAAGAACAUCAAGUGGAAAUAGUAUUUCUGACAGCAACUCGACUCCGACGAGUGAAACCAAACAAAAAUUGACUUUGGACAUUAAAACUAACGACAAUGCAUCCGGGCAGAUUGGUGCGGAUGUUGUCAAGAGUCCGAACCAGAAGAAUCUUCUGCAAAGCCCAGCCUUAGUUUCACCUAUACAUUUUGGUAGUAAAUUAAACAACGUAUUUGAUAAAGAAUUUAGUCCAUAUGCUAAAGUUAAGACGGAAGAGCCUAAGAUAGUCUCUCCAAAUCAUAGUAUUGUAUCGCCUAACUCGAGAGUGUUUUCACCCAAGGAUGGGUUAAUGUCGCCGCCCCAUAGCAUUAAAAGCCCAGUUGAAAAGAAAGAGCCUUCUGGGAAAUGGUUCAGCCUCUUUCCAAUGAAAGCUUGCGAUGAAACGUCGCUGACCAGAUCGAGUAUCAUUCUGCCUGCUGUCAAUAAAGGAAAGCCCAUUGUUCCUCCUAACGUUGAUUUACUCAGUCAAGAUCGAAAUUUCUGCGAUUCACUAGCAAGCAGACAUUUCUUCGGCCACAGCCCGAUGCAUGGGUAUAUGCCAGAACUUCACGGACAUCAUCAUCAUCAUAACCACCAUCCUCACCACCACCACCAUCACCACCACCAUGUCAAUCACGGCUUCCAUAGCAAUAUGGGUGAUCAGCCACACCACACAGCAAAUGGAAGUGGUUACCCCGUGUUUCACUACCCUGGCAAGCAGACAGACAUUGAGGGACAUGAGUGGAAGGGGCAACAGGAUGAAAUGAGUAAGGCCUCGAUGCUUGGUUUAGCGCCACCGGGGGUUGACAUACAAAAAUUGAUUCAGCAAGACCCGCAAAAAGCCGCCGUUCUUUUGGAGAUGCAAAUGCUGGAGCCUGCUGCUGUGCCAGAUGAUAAGCGAUAUGGCUGGUGGAGAAUAGCUGAUCCUGACGUCAUUCACAGGCUGUUAAAAAUUUUACACACAAGGGGAAUUCGAGAGAAGAUGUUGCAUAAAAGUCUCACUCGACAUACAGAAUAUGCCUGCAGUUCUUGUAAGAAAAACAAGGAAGCAUUCUUAAUACAUCACAAGGACGAAGAUGAAAACAAGGAACCAGAAGUGUUGAAAAGCCCUAAAAAGGAAAAACACAAGGGUCUGAAAACAGCACCUCAAGGGAAGAUCGAGGACCGAACCUUUCCACUGGUGGCAUUCUCCGUUGACAAGGACAUAUUGAUUGAGAUCGAAGAACUGGAAGAGAAAAUGUUUUCUGCAAGUCUGCAAAAUAAGACCUGGAGACUCUCGCAAAAGGCCUCUUCCAAUCUCACAUACGUAAAGAAAGAAUCCAAGAUGAAACCGGAAGAAAAACCAUUGGAACUCGCAAAGUCGAGGCUGUUGUCAUUGGAAAAAGGAAUCGAAAGAAGAUAUUUGAAGCCUCCGUUCCGCCUUGAGAAACAUCCAAAUCAAGCUCAUAUUGCCAAAAGUAACGGAGAUAAUUCUCAAGAUGGACAUCCUUUGAGCUCUGACAAAGACUGGAGAAUAACGCCAAGCCUUCUACUUUGGAGAGAGACAGUCGAAUCUUGUACAUCAGCCGCUCAGUUAGCGAUGUGCAUCAGUAUGCUUAAAGACUGCAUUGCUUGGGAGAGAUCAAUCAUGAAAGUUUUCUGCAUCGAAUGUCGCAAAGGAGACAACGAAGACCUUCUCCUUUUGUGUGACCAAUGUGAUCGAGGAUGUCAUACUUAUUGUUGCAACCCAAAACUGGCGAAAAUUCCUGAUGGUGAUUGGUUCUGUAGAGAAUGCAUCAUGAUGGCCUCCGGAAGCGAUCAGUGUUAUGGUUGUCAAGGAUCGACUGGAAAAAGACUCAAAUGUCAAUUUUGCCCAAGAUAUUAUCAUCUGUUUUGUCUUGAUCCGCCUUUACAAAAAACACCUCGAUCGCCUUGGGCUUGCCCGGUUUGCAAGAAGGCUCGGCUGCAGAGCAAGAGAACUACAAAACGGAAAAAGAAACCGGAAGAUGAAUUCGAAAGCUUUUCAUCCUUUGACCUUUACGAUCAACCAACCAAACAAGGAAGAGCUAAGAAAAACAAAAUGAACAACAGGAAGCAAGCGAUGGAACUUAUGCAACCUUGUCGUCAAAUGUUGGCAGAGAUGGAAAGACACGAAUGUUCCUGGCCUUUUCUCGUACCAGUUAAUGCUAAACAGUUCCCAGAGUAUUACAGAAUUAUCAAAAAUCCAAUGGAUUUUCAUACGAUGAAAGUGAAAUUACGUGAUUUCCAGUACAAAAGUCAGGAUGAAUUCGCAAACGAUGCAAGACUGGUCUUCAGAAACUGUGACAUUUUUAAUGAAGACGAUUCUGAAGUUGGUCAGGCUGGUAAAAACAUGUUAAAGUUUUUCGAGAAACGGUGGAUUGAGGUGUUGGCGAACGAGUGUGAAAGCAAGGGAAGAAGAUCAAGCAAAGGAAAUGUCAGUGAUGGCAACGGAACUGCGGAGGAAACAAGUGGAGAUACUGAGUCAGAAGAGGAUGAUAACGAGGAGGAAGAAGAUGAGAACGAGGAUGGAGAUGACGAUAACGAGGAUGGAGAUGAUGAUGAUGAAGAGGAUGAAGAAGAGGGGGAAGGAGAGUGAAGAGAUAGACUUUUAAACUGUCCCAUGAGAGUAUAGACGGAAAUGAUGACAGUCAUUCCUACAGAAUCUUUGAGACAACAUCACGUGUGUUUCGGAAGGUGUGUUUUGUAGUUGAAGUAGGAAAGUCCCAGAAAUUUUGUCUUGGGUAAAAAAGUGCUUCUUUGCGUGACUUAAACAAAGAUAAAAUACAGAAAGGUACUGCAAGACUUACUUGAACAUCGAUAUUUUAUCAGUAUAGCAUCUUUGACAGAAAAAACAGCUAUUUAAAUUUGUUUCAAGUGAGUUCUCGUAUUUCCUUUAUAAAGUAGUGUUGCCUUCGCCUUAAAAAUCAAGCAGUCAGCAUUAUAAUUGCAAGCCUGUCCGAAACUAAAUAAAACUCCUCUACCUGUGUCAGCUAGGCAAUUUCAGCUGUAAAUUUCUUUAAAAGCAAAUACAAAACUUGAUCUACCUUUGUUUUCCAAAACUAUUUUGAACAACCCUGGGUAUUAUUACAAUGAGAUGGAGGACAAAAUUGUUGUCUUUCUCCGCAGUAAGACUUUUCACAGCAAAAGAGCUGGUUACAUCUUCUUAUACCAUGAGUCCGUUUUUCCUAGAACCGAUAUCCCCAGUGGACCAUUUCACGUUAUCCUUUUGUUUACAGUUUAAUUUUGAAGAUACUCCUCCCAUUAGCAAUUAUUACAGUUUAUUUUUACAAGGUUUUUCAGUCACUGUGAGCAAAAAAUAUUUAAAUACAAAGGCCUUAACAGUGCAUUUAUAUUCUUAUCGAUAAAAAUCAUUCUCGAUGUUAUUUUUGCAUUGUCAAUACUGAGUGUGAAAUUAACAAAGCUGAUAUUUUUAAAGCUUAUGUGAUUGACCCUUCCCCCCUCUCCUCCCUAUAACACACUCUUCUCGUAAUCCUUAAUGUUCUGAUUGCCUAAGCAAUAUUAACAAUAUCAGAAAUCAUACUCCAUGUAAAUUAUUUUGCACCUUUUCUUACUUGCUCAACCACCUCCCCCUCCCCCUCCCCAUGUCUUUAUUUUUGAAAGCAUUUCACGGCUCUAUUCUAAACCACAAGGUAUCUAGAGACUGUGAAAACCUCGUUUUGCUGUAAGAACCAUCUCUAGCUGCGCACAUGCUUUCUUAAUAAAUCCCAGAGCCAAAAACUCCUUGUUAGUUCGUCAUCUCUUUGUCGUAUCUUUCUGAGUUGAUGCUGAAAAACUAACCAUUUGCAGGUGUAAAUGUUCUGUUUUCUAUUUUAUCAUAAAUCAAGUCUUUUCGAAUUAUUAAAUCGGUUGUUAUAAACUGUCCCUGUCCGUACGAUGCCCAAACACAAGGAUUAUUCUGUGUAUAUUUUGUGAUUACUGCUUGAAAAAGAUUUGUUUUAUUAAAAGAGGCUUGUACGUU